AGUAUAUGUUUCUCAUUUAAUUUACAAUUUACUGUCAAUCACUAACCUAUUACAUUGUCCCUGUGGUUUUAAACGGAAUUUUUAUUCACUUCGGUGAGAUCGACAAGAUCUUCAAAGCAACUUAAACUUCUUGGAGACUUUAUGAACGUUCUAAUUGAUGCACUCUUACGUUUGUCAUGGAUAAUGAUAUUACUACCAAAAUUCUUCCAUUCACAAGCUCAUGCAAAAGUCACCAUUGACGAUGAUACUGGUUACUUUGUUGAUCCACAAGGAUUUAUUAAAUUAUUUCAUGGAAUCAACUGUGUGCAUAAAGUCGCACCAUUUUACUUUCCAAAACUACUUGACCCUCAUUCAUUCAGAGUACUUAGAGAUUGGGGAAUUAAUGUUAUACGAUUAGAAUUCAACUGGAUAGCAUUAAAACCACAGGAAAACGAAAUCAGUCGAGAGUACUUAGAUAUCAUUGAAACGAUUAUCGACAAUGCUGGAUUAUAUGGAGUUUAUAUCAUCAUUGAUUUGCAUCAAGAUGGAUUAUCGAAACGUCUAGGUGCAAUUGAUGCUGUGCCUAAUUGGUUUAUGGAUAAAAUAAAGCGACCACCAUAUUUAUUUCAAUACCCUUGGCCACUAACGAAAGAUCCAAGUAAAAGCCAAUGGUUUCUAACGUACGCCACAUAUGAGAGUGCACAUGUAUUUGAAAGUAUAUAUAAAAAUGUUUCAGGAAUAUGGAAUUAUUUUGCAGAAUAUUGGAUGAUAACAACUAGUCGUUUCGGGAAGAAAGAUAAUGUUUUAGGUUAUAAUUUGAUAAAUGAACCACCACCUGGAAAUUUUUAUUUAAAUCCAUUCCUUCUUUUGCCUA